CUUUGCCUACAAACCUCACCCUCCAUUUUAACGGAAAAUUGCUUCCUAACUUCAAUGGCCCUCCCUCUCCUACUACUUUGCUUUCCGUAAUUGAUUCUCUUCUCUCCAUCUUCUUUAUCACUUUCUUCUUCAAUUUUUCAUUUUUCCUCUUCCCUUUUUUCGUGUUGCUCAAUUCAAACCAUAUGUUUUGUUGGGAUUCUUGCUUUACAUAGAAUGAAUCACGAUUCAGAUAUCAUCAACUAGUUAUCCCGCAUGUGGGCCUGAUCGUUUCUUCACAAAUUUCAAGAAAUGGAAGGCUACAGCUUCGUGUUGUUUAAAAUAAUGGAUUCUUGCGCUACUGUUGGUUGCUUAUAAAUCGAGGAUUAACUGCUAUACAGCUGUUUAUAUGCUGUAAUAACAACAACAAUAACAAAAUGGGCUGUUAAUGAACUGUCUGGAUUGAGUUUUUCUUUCUAUUUAUUUAGUUUGCAUACCAAGUGUUUGAUGGAUUGACUGAGAGAACGGUGAAAAUGGGUCCUGGGACUGAUGUGUUGCCUCAAUGUUCAUCAUUGGAGAAUGGAUACUCGAAGGAAUGUGUGCCUGUGAAUUCUAUGGAAGAUGACGAUGAUGAGGCUGAGGAUUCUGAUAACAUCAACCAAUCAAAAGCUGCUAAGCCUCCAAGAAAUUAUCAGCCUAUGCGACAUUGUAUCAGUCAAGCGAUGUUAGCUGGCACCUCUGAUUCGAAAUCAACAAAUGAAGGUACCAAGUCACCUCAAAAUGAGAGAUCUCAAUAUUCACCAAUUUUUCGCUCGGGAAGUUGUUCGGAGAUGGGUCCAAAGCCAUAUAUGGAAGACGAAUAUGUUUGUGUAGAUAAUCUUCGAGAACAUUUAGAUGCACAACCGGAUUACGCUUUGCAUGGAGCUUUUUAUGGGGUGUUUGAUGGACAUGGUGGAGUUGAUGCUGCAUCAUUUACUAAACGAAACAUUCUUGAGUUCAUUCUAGAGGAUUCAAGCUUCCCAAAAGCAGUGAAAAAAGCAGUAAAAAAUGCAUUUUCUAAAGUCGAUCAUGCGUUAGCCGAUACUCGAUCUCUUGAUAAUUCCUCCGGAACCACUGCUUUAACUGCGCUCAUAUUGGGAAGAAACAUGUUAAUUGCAAACGCCGGAGAUUCAAGAGCAGUAUUAGGGAAGCGAGGAAGAGCAAUCGAGCUUUCAACAGACCACAAACCGAGUUGCUCAUCGGAGAAACAGCGAAUCGAGAAACUCGGAGGCGUGAUUUACGAUGGGUAUCUCAACGGUCAACUCUCGGUUGCCCGAGCCCUAGGCGACUGGCAUAUGAAGGGCCCAAAAGGCUCCGACGGCCCAUUAAGCGCCGAGCCGGAGCUCGAGGAAGUCACGUUGUCUGAAGAAGAUGAGUUUUUGAUAAUCGGAUGCGAUGGUUUAUGGGACGUGAUGAGUAGUCAAUACGCUGUGACGAUUGUACGGAAGGAGCUUAUGUUACAUAACGAUCCGGAGAAGUGUUCGAGAGAAUUGGUGAAGGAGGCUUCGAAGAGGAAUAGUUGUGAUAAUCUGACGGUGGUGGUGGUUUGUUUCUCCGGUGAUCCGCCGCCUAAGAUUGAGGUACCGAAAAUACACCGGCGGAGGAGCAUAUCGGCGGAGGGAUUGGAUGUUUUAAAGGGGGUUUUGGGUGAUGUUUGAAAAGCAAAAAUGGAAUUUUGCUUUUACUUCAAAGAUUUUGAGUUUGUUUUGGUGAGUUUCUAGUAGAAUUUUGUACAAAAAUUUUGUUUUAUUUAUUGAUUUUAAUAUGUUUUUUUUAAUGAUG